CUGACUCUGGUUAUGUAAGAGAUUAAACGUGCGGCUGAAGGUGGAAACGUUCGGCUCUGCCUCUGCCGCUGCUGCCCCGCAUUUCAGGCAUCAUGUGCGUGAACGCCGGCUGCUGAGAGCGGAGGCUGCGUGUCCGUGCGUGUCACCAACCUGUGCGCUGCGCGCCAACAUGCCAACCUUCUCCGUGAUGUACAAAGGCGCGGUGAUCAUCAGCAGGACACUAAUGGGUCCGUAUGGAGUCGACCGAGCCGUACAUUCCAUUGAAUUUACGGAGUGUGAAAAUGGUUUGGGGAUAAAGGUGAUUGGAGGAGUGAAGGAACAAACUGGAGAGGAAUUUGGAGUUUAUGUCAAGCGGGUUUUACCUGGUGGCCUUGCUGCAGCUGAUGGAAACCUGAUGGCAGGGGACCAGAUCCUGGAGGUGAACGGGGACAGCCUUGUAGGAGUCACUAGUGAAAGAGCUGUGGACAUCCUGAGAGCAGCUUCUGCAACCAAUCACAUGCGCCUUCUCAUAGCCAGAGAUGAAGAAGCAAAGAGAGAAUUUGCAGAUCUUCUACAGAAGUACGGAUCUACGGGAAGCACAGGGUCAACGCGCAACUCUCCCAUUCAGCAAGGCAGCCGUUAUCUGGACAGCACGUCUUCUGGUUCUUCUUCUCGAUCCCAGAGUCCAUUAUUGCUCAGUCCUGCGGGUUCUCAAAACAACAAUGGUGGAACGAUGAUGCGCUCGCUCAGUCACCCAGGCGAAGGUGUCAUCCAGCUUAUUUCUGUCACGAGAUCCAGUAACUUAGGAAUCAGCAUUGGAGGAGGCUCCAAUAGGCCCGAUGGUCCAGCAGUCUUCAUCGAGGAGGUGCUGUCAGGAGGAGACUGCCACAAGGACGGACGUCUGCGGCCAGGAGAUCAGCUCAUCGCCAUCAACAAGGAGUCUCUGAUUGGUGUGACCCACGAGGAAGCCAAAAGCAUGCUGAAUAAAGUCAAGUUUAGCCAAGACAGCGCCGUGGAGAUAGCCUUCAUUCCAGGUAAAGGCCUUUUUCCCAGCAGCACGUCUCUACACAACGGAGUUCAGCGAGCUGCAGGAACCAACUCUGGACGCCUGAAAGUCCACAUCCGAUCACCUGAGAGCUGUGCAGAAGACCACGCCCCUUUGUCCUCGCCGUCCCCCGACAUCUGUCCCCCAGAGACUCACGCUUCAGGUUCAACCACUCAGACGUCAGGAGGGAAACCCAAGAUCACACUGGACCCCUUCAUCCGACUAAAAUCGGAGAAGUUAGACCUGGCUCUGUCCUUCAUCGGUUUGAAUGUCACUGAAGAGAAGAGGAAGAAGCUGAGGCAGAGACUGACCCCUGACCCACAAGGCACCGUGGCUUAUGGAGACUUUGUGGAGGCCACCCAAAGCAUAUUCUCAGAGGAUCUGGAGGACCUGGGUUUAGCGACGGCUCCCUUCACUUUCUCCUAUCACGAAGCAGCCAGUUUGAUGGACACGUCAGCCUUUCACUCACCUACAUAUGAGUCUGACUGCAGCUACAGCAGCGAGGACAUGGAGCAGUUCCACACGGAAGUGAAGCAGCUGCAAACCCAAAUGAAGCAGCUGAAGGUGAUGCUGAAGGACAUGGAGCAUAGCAAGAAAACUCUGGAGGAGGAGCUCCAGAAGACGUCUGAGAAAGCCUGUCUGACUGUAGAGGAGAACACUCGACUGAAAAGUCGCUUACAAGCAGCCGAGUCGGACACGGUGCAGAGGCAGGCCAGCAGUGCAGAGCAGGACUACGAGGAGGUCAUCCAGCUGCUGGAGGCGGAGAUCCAAGACCUGAAGAACCAGCUCGCCAUCAAGAGGCAAGGCAGAGGAGCAGAGCCCCCCAAGGAUGAAGUGCUGGAGUUAAACAGAAGACUGACGAAUAUCGACUCCCAGCUGAGGAAAUCAGAGGUGAACAGGAAACACCUGGAGAUCUCCAACAGGAAGCUGCUGGGCUUUGCUCAGAACGUCCACAAAGUGCUGACCAUGCCCAGUCUCUUUGGAGGAGAGGGGUCACCCAGUGCCACAGAAAACCCCGACACCCCGUCGCCCCUCCCUGAUCCUGCCUCUCAGCUGGCUGCGGAGGCAAAAGAGCUGGUGGAGGGGGCGUGCAGCGGCGCCGCGACAGACACAGAUGCCACGUUGGAUGAGGAUUCUCAUCACGUCUGAGCAGCAGAGGUCGGGAUCCUGAAGAGCAGCUGAACCUCCGGACUCUUCCUCACAGGCAGCAGCACACGGUGCCGGUCCAGCACAUCCCAAAUCGCGCUCGCUUGUGCGCGCAUAGAUGAACAUGCAGCGCUUCUGAACCAACCUCCACACUGACAGCAGGUGGCGCUAAAGGUCUGCAUGAGCUUAUCCACACUGGUAGACCCUCCUCCCUGAGUCUUUUGUAAAAUCCACCAAUUAUUUUCAAUGCUUCAUGUGUGGGAGGGGCUUGUUUGACAGGGGGAGGCCUCCUAAGCAGAACUUCUGACCAACUGGCUGCACAGAAAAGUCUCCUCUCUUUGUGGUCCAAUUCAGAACCUGAGGGGGGCUCAGCCAUGGAUCUGUGGGGGGGCAACAAAGCAAAGCUUUAAGGCAGACAGCUUCAGAAGAGUUAGAAACUGAGUAGUCCCAGCAGAUCGCAUCUUUGGUGUUGCUUCCUUUUCUGUCAUGUUUUAUAUUAAAAGAAGAAUUGAGAAGUGAA